GUUGACAGGCCGCCGCGGUGUGGGAACACAGAGACAACAGGGGAUCUUUAAAUCUGCACAAAACGCCAGGAAAAUCACAAUAUUUGGGAUCAUUGCUGUCAAAAAGACUUCAGUGGACGGUUUGGAGGAAGCAACACUGGCCGUUUACGUUGAGAAAUUCUUCCUUUUGUCCCUGUGUCAUCAUUAUGGAUCCGUCUGCGAUUCUUCGUCUGCAAAGUCGGAACAAAAUUCACAGCGACUUUCUGAGAAUGAAGAAUGAACAUAAUAAAAUUCCAGCAGAUGCAAAGUCUUCAAAGCUAAUGUCUGCACCUCACCUUUCCAAACAAGACGGCGAAAACAAAGAUCCGGGAAGCUCAGAGAUGAGCAGAAAGGCUCCUGCACGAGCCGGCAUAAGCAGGCUUCCUGUCCUUGCAAAGUCACUUCAUCUCCAGACUCCCUCCGACUUCAGUCAGUCCCACUGUCGGUGGGAAGAGAAACCUCUGGCUGGUAAAUCUAAGAAGAAAAAGCCAUGCACCAGGCCUGUGCCUUUUAACCUGUCUCAGCCAAAGAGUUCAACGACCAGGAAAAAUCAACAGCCUGCAUCUGUGCCACAGUCACAGACUGGCACUCAUGCUGUCCAGCUCAAAAACAAUGCUCAUCUAAAGCACCAAAACAUACAUUCUAAACCCUCUAAGCAUCCAGCAGUGUUAAACUGCCACAUGGACUCAACACAAAAGUCUCAUGGAAAGACUACAGAGAAUAUGUCCCACCUGCUGGGACAGUCUCGUCCUCCCAACACCUCUAAAGCUUCAGCCACGUUGUCUAAUCCUCUCCCAGCCAUUGCACUGAGAAACACAAGGCCUCAGAUCAGUUCAUCUUCUACUUCUGCACACCCUGCUCUUACUAACUGCCUGGAAAACAUGAACCUGCUCAGCCUUAAGGAUCCAACCAAGAUAAAGCCAGCGAGCCAGAACACUGAGCUUUCGACUGUCAAAGGGGAGAACUUCCAGCCCGACCACAUGGCUUUCCUCAGUAUCCUCCGUAAUGAGGGAAUAAAGGCCACAGGUCUGGGAUCCACAACUCCACAGUCCAAAUCAUAUAACUAUGUGCCCCAGCGAGUGUCUGUGAUGAAGAGUCGACAAAAAGUAGGAGCCACCACAGGAAUAUCAAAGUUGGUGCAGUUUUCCCCGGAUGCCACCGCUCUACAAAGUAUCCUCCAGAAUGAGGGGGUGACCGCUGGAGGACUUGUUGGUGCCACACCACGGAAAUCUGUGUGUCCGUCAGGCAGAAGCACAUCAGUCUACACAGCUCGGAGAGUGCCCCUCAGGAAAAAUCAUGCAGAGGCGACGGGUGGAUCAGUGGCAGUAACUUUCAAAGAGACUCCACUGAGGACAUGGACUCCACAGAGAGUCCCCGACACCAGACGUCAGCCCAUAUCUGCUAUGAAAUGGCAUCAGUCGACAAAACAGACGCCGUAUGUCGGCACUCCGGGGCUGAAGAGCUGCAAAACCGACCUUCAGCCACAGCAGGAGCAGGAAGUCGUCCAGAGAUUAUUUGAUGAUCAAGAUGAGGACCUGGAAGAAAACGCGACACAAAAACAUCCUGACACACAAACAGACCAGCUCACAGUUCAAGCCUCAAGUACCAAACCCCACUGCGAAGAAAAGUUUGAGAAAAGCAAGGCUAACACGAGUGAGGAGGAGGAGGAGAAGGAAGAGGAGAGGGUGGGACGACAGCCAUUCCUCCAAGCACCAGAGAGAGAGUCGGUCAUUUUUUUCUCCACAGGCAAAAAUCUGUCCAGAGCUCCACAUUUUGAGAAGCAGAAGAGUUCAUGUGAGCAGCAGCAGCAGCAGCAGCAGCAGCAGAUGCCAUGUGUGUCAGAACUGCCCCGUCCUGUCAACCCUUCACUCCAGAGUCUGCACAGAGACACCGUUGUUCCAAAGACUUGUGGUGUGAGUCAUGCAGUGGCGUUGCUGCGUAAGCGUCUUCCUCCUCUGGAGGAGCUGCGUAUGGAUGAAGAGGUGGCCACCUACACCUCCGUGUCUGUCCACGCUGCUCCAGGGUUUGUUCUGCCCCGGCCUCGCUGUGGAAACCCACUGGCCUCCAUCCUGCACUUUGAAGAAUCCUGUAGAUUUGUUCCGAUUAGCUUCGAUGUCUCCUCUGGUCCAUCUUCUCCACUCAGCUCUCCAAAGCAGGAGAGAUGAUUUGCACUACAAGUACACAAAUGACGUUUGUCCAACACUGUAUUUUUCUUUUUUCUUUUUUCUUAAGAUCCUAAAUCCUUUCGUCAUUUAAAUGUUUAUUACUGUUUUCAAAAGAUGCUUUCCUAAAGGAAAAACACUAGCGUUAUGUUUGUUAAAUGAGAAUCUUUAAUUCUGCAGAUGCUCAUGUGUGUUAAUCCCAAAACUGAAUAUGGGAAAAUGACAUGUUGCAAAAGGUCAAUGAAGAAGACCGACUUCAUCAGUGUUACAGCUGUAGUAUACAAAGAGAUGAUGAUGAUGAUGAUGAUGUGUGUGAACAUUUUCAUUAGUUAUUUGUUAUUUUUAACAAACCUGCAUUUUGUGUGGACUGAAAAUGAUUGAAGAUGUAUAGUGUUUAUAAUAAAUGUGGAUUUGUAA